CUUUGCAAAAAGACGACGCCUUGUUCUUUACAUUUUCAGAUUAUUUUAGAAAACCCAAUUGAAUUUUAUAGCGUAACGAUUCAGAUCACGGAUAUUAACGACAAUGCGCCAUCUUUUGAGAAACGAGAGAAGAAAUUCAAGAUUAGUGAAUCGGCAGCGAUCGGAGCUAAAUUUGUUUUGGAAAGAGCUGUCGAUCUUGAUGUCGGAGUUAAUGACCUCAAAAGCUACACUUUAAAACCAACAGAUAAUUUUGAGUUAAAACUACACAACAACCCCGAUGGGAAUAAAAAUGUAGAGAUGGUGUUACAGAAGCCGUUGGACAGAGAAAAACAGGAAAAUAUAAAUCUGGUGUUAACAGCUGUAGAUGGAGGAGCGUUACAGAUGUCAGGAACGAUGCAAAUUGUUAUUACAGUGCUAGACGUCAACGAUAAUGCUCCUGUUUUCACACAGCAGAUAUACAAAGCUACUGUUACUGAAAAUUCAGCAAAGGGAACAGUUGUUGCAACAGUUAAAGCUUCAGACGCAGACGAAGGUUUGAACAGUAAGAUAACAUAUACAAUUACAAACACCUUCGAUGAUGUCAAAAGUAUAUUUGAAGUAAACCAAGAAAGCGGUGAGGUGAUUUUAAUUGGAAAUACRGAUUUUGAAGAGUCCAGAAGUUAUCAGAUACAUUUACUUGCUAGUGAUGAAGGUGGUCUCACAGAUUCUUGCAAAUUAUUGGUCGAUAUACAAGACACAAAUGAUAACAGCCCACAAAUUAAAAUCAUGUCAAAGUCUACAYUUAUUUCAGAGRACGUGAAACUAAAUACAGUAGURACAGUGAUAAGCAUCGAGGACAAAGACUCAGGGAAAAAUGGAAAAGUAAAAUGCUUCGUAAAUGAUGAUACACAUUUCAGUUUAAAAUCRUCAGCUAAUGAUUUCUAUAGCUUAGUGACAGACACAGAAUUAGACAGAGAAACAGCAGCAGAGUUUAAUAUCACCAUAACCUGUUCUGAUGAAGGAGUCCCCUCCCUCUCCAGCAGCGUCACUCUCACCUUACAUAUCUCUGAUGUGAAUGAUAAUGCACCUGUAUUUGAGAUGAGCUCGUAUCAGGCCUACAUUGUAGAAAACAACACACCAGGUGUGUCUAUAUUUACUGUGAAAGCUGCAGAUGCUGACUGGAAUCAAAAUGCUCGYGUUUCUUACAUACUGGAGGAGUCCUCUGUUAACGGAGUGCCAGUCUCCUCAUACGUGUCCGUCAGUGCUGAGAGUGGAGUCAUCCAUGCAGUGCGUUCCUUUGACUACGAGCAGAUCAAAGAUUUCCACUUCUGCGUGAAAGCGCAGGACGGAGGCUCUCCUCCACUCAGCAGCAACGUGACUGUGAAAAUUUUGAUCCAGGAUCAGAACGAUAAUCCACCUCAGGUUCUGUACCCAGUCCAGACUGGUGGCUCCAUGGUGGCUGAAAUGGUGCCUCGUUCAGCAGAUGUGGGCUACCUGGUGACUAAAGUGGUGGCUGUGGAUGUGGACUCUGGACAGAAUGCCUGGCUCUCCUAUAAACUCCAGAAAGCGACAGACAGAGCGCUGUUUGAAGUGGGCUUACAGAAUGRAGAAAUAAGAACUAUCCGUCAGGUGACUGACAAAGAUGCUGUGAAACAAAGACUGACUGUCAUAGUGGAGGACAACGGGCAGCCCUCUC